CAUGGACAUGAGGAUAGGUCACAUCAGACUGAGUGAAGUGGACGGUGUUCCCCUGGAGGUGGCCCUCAUGCAGAAGGCCGGAGGUGAGCCAAAUGCAGUGGGGGUGUUUGCUGCCGUCACCCUCCUGGACUGGUACCUUAUGGAUCAGGACCUGGUCAUUGUAAUGGAAAGGCCACCAGGGUCCAUGAAUCUUGUGGAAUACGUGGCCUGCAGUGGAGGUCGCCUGGAGGAAGACGAGUCCAGGGUAGGGAGGCUGGAACAAAACUUUGAGUGA